UUAAGUAACGUUUUUUGCUAUUUUUGCAAGAGCUGUAAAAAGUUAUCAAAAGCGCUGCUGCAUAAAGUUGACUGGUAGACUCGCACUUAAGCUCGUCGCUCGAGUAAGUGAAUACGUGUGUAAGUGCACAGCUAGCUCUCAGUGCUGUCUCGAAAUAAGUGAGUUGUGAGUUGUUACGAUCCAAAGGUUAAUUCCAGUGAUUAUCAUCUAGAGUAAUCUACAAAACUGAUGGUCAUAACCCUGUGUUUAGAGCAACUUUCUCACAUCAGUCGUUUGAGUGAAUUACUGGAAUUCAGACCAAGGCAGGGAGUUAUACUAGCUCAAUUGUUGCGUCCUAUACCUAGUAAAAAGUAGUGAAUAAUUCACAUCAGUAAUUGAGGUCAGUGGUACAUCGCGUGCAUAUCUCCCAGUCGUCAAUAGAGCAGAGGAAAGUAAUCGUCGUACGCACAACAGCAAAUAUGCCGAGCUCGAAGGUCAACCAGGAUCUACAGAACGAGCGCAAAAAAUGCAGCUUCAAAAACGAAGAUUUCACCUUAUGGUGGCAAGGUGGAGAGGCCAAAUUAAAGGAAAAACGAUCGCGAGAAAAAUUCUUCCUAUCGGAGCCUGAGUUUUUCGACAAAGUUCCAUUGCACUUUUUAUCCCACAAGGAGGUCUACGAAGAAUCGGUCCGCAAAGCCACUGUAAUUUUCCGCAAAGUGAAGCAAAUGCAAGCCCAGGGCAAGGAUGGCGUGGACAAUUACAUGGCCCUUCUAGGAGGACUUCUAGGGUCUGGAAUUCUCAAGGAAGGAAAUCCUCUGGCUGUGCAUUUUGUCAUGUUUCUCCCUGCCCUGAUGGGACAUGGAACACCUGAACAACAAGCGGAGUGGAUCGGGCGAGCAUGGAAUUGUGAAAUUGUUGGAACCUACGCUCAGACUGAACUUGGUCAUGGUACCUUUAUCAGAGGUCUGGAGACAACUGCGACUUAUGAUGAAAACACCAAAGAAAUUGUGCUGAACAGCCCAACGUUGUCGUCAUACAAGUGGUGGCCAGGGGGACUUGGACAUACCGCCAACUACUGUGUAGUAAUUGCACAGCUGUACACUAAGGGCGUGUGCCAUGGAAUUCAUCCGUUCAUUGUGCAACUUCGCGAUGAAGAAACUCAUAUGCCAAUGCCGGGGAUCACUAUCGGAGAAAUUGGCAACAAGUUAGGCAUGAACGGAGUUAACAAUGGAUUCCUUGGUUUCAAGAAUGUUCGCAUUCCUCGUGCGAAUAUGUUGAUGAAGAACGCUAAGCUGCUCGAGGAUGGCUCAUUCGUGAAACCGCCAUCAUCUGUAUUGACAUAUGGUACGAUGAUGUUCGUUAGAGUGGUCAUUGUAAGAGACAUGGCCAAUUAUCUGUCGAAAGCGGUAACAAUAGCCACCCGGUAUUCUUGUGUGCGUCGCCAAAGCGUUAUCAAUCCAGACCAGCCAGAAGUACAAGUCAUCGAUCAUCUUACCCAACAGUACAAGCUAUUUCCAGCGAUCGCUAAAAGUAUAAUCUUCAAACUAACUUCCGAUAAUUUGUGGGACAUGUAUAACCAGGUGACGUCCGAAUUGGAUAAAGGAGAUCUGGAACGACUACCGGAGUUGCAUGCGAUCGCCUGUUGUUUGAAAGCAGUGUGUACUGCAGAUGCCGCGCAAGCGGUUGAAACGUGCCGUUUGGCAUGCGGCGGUCAUGGCUAUAUGACAUGUUCCAAUCUGUUUGGUACAUACGGUAUGGUCACUGCUGCGUGCACCUACGAAGGUGAAAACACGGUGCUUCUGCUACAAACAGCCAGAUAUUUACUUAAGGUGUGGACUCAGGCUCAGAAAGGACAGGAAUUAGUUCCCACUGUGCAGUACCUGCAGAACUUCCUCUCUAGCAAUCAACGCCAAUCGUGGGAUGAUUCGGUGCCCGGAAUAAUUAAAGCACUUCAAACCGUGGCUGCUGGAAAACUCCGCCUAGCCAGUGACCAUAUCGAACAGCGCAAGCGAACAGGCCGAACACCGGAGGAAGCCGUCAACCUGACAUCGAUAGAAUUAGCACGGACAGCUGAUGCUCAUUGUCGUGCUUUCCUGGUCCAGUCUGGAUACGAGAUGAUUGAAAAAUCUUGCGCAACCAUUCCACCCGAGUUGGCACGUGCUUUGAGAGAUAUCUACGAACUGUACGCAUACGACGAGGCUAUGAAGGUGGUCGGCGAUCUACUGAGAUUCACGACCAUCACGGAAAGUGAUAUUUCACGACUGCAGCAAAAAUUGGAAGAUUCCCUCGCUGCUAUGCGACCAAAUGCUGUCAGUAUUGUUGAUUCGUUUGACAUUCCAGACACGGUGCUCGGAUCAGCACUUGGUGCAUAUGAUGGAAAUGUCUACGAACGCCUCUUCGAAGAGGCCAAAAAGAGUCCCCUGAAUCAGGAACCAGUCAACAAAUCAUUCCAUUUGUAUCUUAAGCCGUUCAUGAAGUCCAACUUGUAAUUCGGCAGUAACACUAUUGUUUGGCAGCGGAUAAGUAAAAGAGUCUUACUUGAUCAGGUU